AUGGCGGCGGCGGGGGACGUCGGCGCUGGACGCGGGGAUGCAGCGGGUCCAUUGACAUUCCAGGAUGUGACAGUGGACUUCUCCCAAGAGGAGUGGGAAUGCCUGGACUCUGCUCAGAGGGCUUUGUACAUUGAUGUGAUGUUGGAGAAUUACAGCAACCUGGUUUCUGUGGGGAACUAUUGCAAAUAUGAUCCUGUCCAUCAACAUGUGAAGACUGAAAAGGAGUCUUGUCAGUGUAAUGAGCUUGGUAAAAUGGUUCAUGACCCCUCCACAUGUGCUUCUUAUAAAACAAGUGAAACUGCUGAAAACUCUAAUAACCACAAGUGCAGUAAUCACAGGGAUACCUUGAUUGAGUCUUCAAACCCACAUAGACAUGAAAGCAUGCACACUGGAGAAGAACCUUGCAAAUCUAAAGACUGUGAGCAAUUCUUAAAUUUGAGUUCCAACCUUACUCAAGAUCAGAGACUCUACACUGAAGAGAGAGAGCACAGGCAGAAAGAACAUGGUGAUUAUUUGAGCUCUACAUACGGUCUUUUGCAACAACCAAUCUACAUUGGAGAGAAACCACACCAGUGUGGGAUGUGUGGGAAAUGCUUCAGUAAUGCCUCAAGCCUCAGUGUACAUCAGAAAAUUCAUACUGGAGAGAAAUCUUACAAAUGUAUGGAAUGUGACAAAUCCUUUACUUGGGACUCACAUCUUAGACGACAUCAGAGAGUUCAUACAGGAGAGAGACCUUACAGAUGUAAGGAAUGUGACAAAUCCUUUUCCCGUUGCUCAAAUCUUAGACGGCAUCAGAGAAUUCACACUGGGGAGAAACCAUACAAAUGUAUGGAAUGUGACAAGUCCUUUAACCAAAAUUCACAACUUAAAACACACCAAAGGGUUCAUACUGGAGAGAAACCUUACAAAUGUAGGGAAUGUGACAAAUCUUUUACUAACUUCUCAAAUCUUAAACAACAUCAGAAAAUUCACACUGGAGAGAAACCUUACAAAUGUGGAGAAUGUGACAUGUCCUUUAUCCAGAAUUCAAAUUUUAAAAGACAUCAGAGAAUACAUACAGGAGAGAGACCUUACGGGUGUCAGAAUUGUGAUAAAUACUUUACCAGUUCUGAAGAUCUUAGAAGACAUCACAGGGUCCACACUGGGGAGAGACCUUACAAGUGUAUGGAAUGUGACAUGUCUUUUAUCCAGUACUCACAUCUUAAAAGACACCAGAGGGUUCAUACCGGAGAAAGGCCUUACAGAUGUAAGGAAUGUGGCAAAUGUUUAUCUACUUGUUCAAGUCUUAGAGAACAUCAGAAACUACAUAAAAGAGAGAAACUUUUACAAAUGUAG